UGCUGACGUUUCUGUCACAUCUGGAGCGCAGGUCCAUCCAUCGGUCUCCAGGUGGAAGCCUUGCGAGCAGAACCCGAAUGCUGCAACAAUGCCUCCUCCCGGUGUGUGUCUGAAUAUCAUGGAGGCUCGUCACAAGCAAGAAGGUUAUGGGACCUUUGACAACCCUGACAAGUUCUUCAACCAAGACUACCAGCAGCUGAAACAGUACUGUGUCAUUCGAGGAGUAAGAUACGUCGACGACAUGUUUCCCCCUGACACGAACUCCAUCGGUGAAGGGAUACUGAAACCUACUGACGUGGCCCGUGUGGUGUGGCUGAGACCAGCGAAAAUUGCUCCUUAUCCAGCCUUCGUGCUUGAUGGAGUCUCCAGGUUUGACUUUUGUCAAGGAAUACUUGGAAACUGUUGGUUUCUUGCGUCUAUUGGAGCGCUGACAUUCCAGAACGACAUCCUCUGUAAAGUCGUACCUCUUGACCAAACAUUUGAGGAGAAAUACUGCGGGAUGUUCCACUUCAGGUUCUGGAGAUUUGGAAGAUGGGUGGACGUCGUCAUUGAUGACAAGCUUCCAACAAUCGAUGGCAGACUUAUCUUCGUUCAAUCCAAAGACAAAAAUGAGUUCUGGCCUGCUUUGAUGGAGAAAGCCUACGCCAAAGUGUGUGGUUCCUAUACCGACAUGAAUGCUGGAACUCCUACAGAGGCUAUGAUAGACUUCACCGGUGGUGUUCACAUGUGUAUCCAGCUGUCACAUUCCCCUGCAAACCUGUGGGAGCUGAUGUGCAGAGCUGGCCAAUCCAAGGCACUGAUGGGAUGUGGUACACCUCAGGGGAAGACAUCUGCCAACAGCCCUUUACCAAAUGGAUUGGUCCAAGGCCAUGCCUACACUGUGACGGGUGUGAAACAGGUGAUGAGCCGAGGGAAACAAAUAAACAUGGUGCGUUUGUGGAACCCCUGGGGCAAAGGAGAGUGGAACGGAGACUGGAGUGAUCGGUCCUCUCUGUGGCAAACUGUGAGUGCUAAAGAUCGUGAAGUGUGUCUUUCAGUGGCUGACGAUGGAGAGUUUUGGAUGACCCUGGAAGACUUUUGUAAGUUCUAUGAUGAUCUUGACAUCUGCUGCCUGUGUCCCGACUUCCUCGAUGGAGACUCUUCUUGCCACUGGAAGACCUCCAUGUAUGAGGGCAGAUGGGUUGCAGGAACAACUGCUGGAGGAUGCAUGAAUAACAGAGACAGUUACUGGACCAAUCCACAGUAUCGGGUCAAGAUUGACGGCCAAUGUUCGGAGAAAGAUGGAGAGAAGAAUGUGCUGCUCUCUCUCAUGCAAAAGCCUGACAAGAGGAACAGGCAUAUGGUUCAAUAUCGCCACAUUGGACUCUCUGUAUUUGAGGUGAAGGAAAAGUACAAGGCGCUGAAGGGGAAGUUCCCAGCAUCUUUCUUCAGAAGCCAUGUACCUGUCGCCCAAACUAAAACCUUCAUGAAUGCACGUGAGGUGAUGGAGUAUCUGAUGCUGAAGCCUGCUGAAUACCUGAUUGUGCCAUCCACCUUUAAUCCCAAUGAGACAGCCUCCUUCAUCCUGACCAUCCUCUCCAAGGCAGAAACCCACAUCUAUGAGAACUCUGGUGACUGUAAAGAUGAGCCAGUUGAAGCGCUCCAAAAGGCCACAAAUGUCCAGGAUGACGAGAAUAAGAAAAAGUUUUUCCGCCAAUACUCCGACCAGUACCAAGAAGUGGACGCUGAGCAGCUCCAGAGGCUUCUAAAUGAAAACAUCCUGAAAGGAGUCUUGAAAUCUGGAGGCUUCAGCGUGGAUGCCUGUCGCAGCAUGGUUGCUCUGAUGGAUACUUCAAUCACCGGCAAACUGAAUGGUGAGGAAUUUGUUCGUCUGUGGAAGAAGGUCAUCACGUACAAGGACAUUUUCUUCAACACUGAUGUUUCACAAACUGGAACACUGUCACUGAGUGAGCUCAGGAAUGCUUUCGUAGCUUCAGGAAUGAGGGUCAAAGACGACAUGCUGAAUUUGAUGGCUCUGCGCUACGGUACCUCCGCUGGACACUUGACACUGGAGAGCUUCAUCAGUCUCAUCCUUCGCUUUGACUGCAUGGACGAAAUCUUCAAACAAUUGUCGAGCGGAAGAGCCAUGACUCUUCAAGAGUCAGAGUGGAUGUACAUUUCAAUGUACACUUAACUCAACAAGGAAGAUGGAUGGAACAAUUCAUCAAGACAUACAGGAUUAGAGUUUUUUUGCUUUAACUAAAGAGCGUUUUCGUUUGAAUAAUUUACUUCUGUUGCAAUGUGAAAACACAUCCUAUAAUGUGAAGCCCCAGCACCUUUGGAGACUUUGUUAGAUAUAACAUGUUAAAAUGAUAUAUUGAAUUACUAAACCUGAUUUAUAAGCCAUUAUACAAUCACAUUUCAGUAUGACAUGGGCUCAUGUUUUAAUGCAAAAACUAUGUAAAAACAUGUUUCUACAACUUAAAAU